AUGAAGCAAUUCCUAUUUUUCGCCACAGCUCCACCUACAGGUAAACCUACACCGAAACCUACAGGUAAACCUACACCGAAACCUACAGGUAAGCCUACACCGAAACCUACAGGUAAACCUACGCCGAAACCUACACCGAAGCCUACACAGAAGCCUACAGCUAAACCUACAACUCCACCUAAAAUUCCCGACUGUUAUGAUGGUAUCAAGAAUGGAAAUGAAACUGGUAUAGACUGUGGUGGGGGAGUGUGUCCAAAAUGUGACAAUGGGAUGCCGUGUCGUGGUGAUGAAGAUUGUGACAGUAAUCAAUGUGAACAAAAUGUUUGCCAAAGUAAGUUCUAUGAGAAGUGA